AUGACAUUGUACGCUUGGGGCGCCAACAGCUAUGGCCAAUUAGGCUUGGGCCAUAAGUCGGAAGAAGAAAUCACUCCUAAAGAAGUAAAUCUGAAAGGGAGCGAUCUUAAACCCCAAGAUAUCGUAUCGAUAUCAGCUGGUGCGGGGCACACGCUCAUUUUGGACACCAGCGGCCGUGUUUAUUGCUGCGGCUGGAAUUCCAAAGGCCAGCUGGGUCUGUCAGACGAUACUCUCAGAUUCACCCAGAUAGGAAUCUUGAAAGAGUUCAAAAUAGUGCAAAUAUCGUGCGGCUGGGAUUUUAGUGCUGCCGUGUCCGAAUGUGGCAAGCAAUUUGUUUGGGGUAACAACCAGUUUACUCAAUUGGGGCUAUCGAAAAGUAUAACAUGUACAGGAAUCCCUUCGCGGCUGCAAGUGUCUCAAAAAUUGGCAACUGGUUUCAAAAAAGUCAGCUGUGGCUUGAGACAUUCAGCUAUGAUAACUAAAGAAGGAGGUCUUUUAGUUGCUGGCACUGGAGCCAAAGGGCAAUUGGGGUUGGGAGAUGAUUUUGAUGACAACAACUAUUUGAGUAUAACAAGAGUUCCUGAUAUGGAACAAAUUAUUAGUGUAGCUAGUGGGCAACAUCAUACUUUGGCCUUAAAGGAUAAUGGCACUGUACUUAGUUGGGGUGAAAACAAGUUUGGCCAAUUAGGAGUUGAUCCUAAUGUAGGCAGCAGUUUUGUACCUUUGGAAGCCUUUCAUCAUGAAGGUCUCCAAGAUGUAUAUGCUGGUUGGACUCACAGUGCUGCUCUUACAGUCACGGGUGAAGUUUUCACUUGGGGUAGACCCACCUAUGGUCAACUGGGAGAUGAGAGGGAUGUGCCAUACAAACCAGAAAAAGUACCUACUUUAAGCGAUGUUAAGCAACUGAGUGUUGGAUCUGAGCAUAAUUUGGCAUUGACAAAAGACAACAAACUUUAUUCUUGGGGUUGGAACGAGCACGGUAGCUGUGGUACUGGAGAUAAAAAGGAUGUUAAAGUACCUACUCAAAUUUUAAGCCAGAAAAAUGUCAAAUACGGUUUUGCUUGUACUGGUAGCUCUUUUGCAGUUAUUGAAUAG